ACAUCGAUAGGGCGACUUGUCCAUAUCACCUAAGCUUUCGUUAUCAGGGCAGGACGGCACCUGAGACAGCGCAGGCAUCUUGUAACAUGGUAUCGAAGCCCUGGGUACAGUGCGCAUGCGUCACCCGCCAGCCGCGUCACCGUGAUUGAUGUGACAGUCAGUAGAGUGUAGCUACUGGAGAGUAGUUCAUUGCUGCAGCCUUGCAGUAACUGGAAUGCUCCUGUCUCCUCUCAUAUAAUAAAAUAGCCACACAGGUUAAUGGUACCACAAGUUCUACUACAGCAACAAGAGGAGGACGUUAGUGCUAAAUUCUUCUCGUCAGCCAUGGAUCAGCAGGGUACCACCACGAACGGCCGCAGAGACAGCACUGACGAAGCUAAUAGCAACAACAGCAACAGCUGCAUGUGGCGUAGAGUGUUGAGACCCAGCGUGGUGUUGGCUGUCAGCUCGCCCAUCAUUCUUAUAGCUGACAUAGGCCUCGCCGUCGUCUUCCUUCUACGGCAAAACUGGCAAGGAGUCAUCCUCACCUCUCUCGCCUUCAUCGUCUGGACGCAGGUUGUCUACUGGUUCUUCCGCGCCCGCACCCUUCUCCAACCCCACUAUCAGGUUCAUUCUGAUGACGAGUCGGAGGCUGCUGAUGAUGAUGUGCCGCCAUCCUAUGAAGAUGUGAUCAAGACAGAAGCACCACCACCAUCCUACUACAUGGUGGUGGCUGAGGGUGGCUGGUCCAGUGGAAGUUACAGCAGUAAUGCUCAUGCACCCAAGGAUGAACUGCCACACAGGAACAGGUUCUCAAGACCACAUCAUCAGCACGAGCCAGCACAACCAAGUGUGAGCAGUGGCAUCACUGCCCCUUACUUACACCACAUCACAAGUGAUGAAUGUACUUGUAUACCUGCCACAUCUGCUCUCAAUGACCAUGUGCAGGUCAUUAGAGCGCCCAUUGACAGAGAAAUAUCCCGUCUCUCAGUCCCUAUUCACAAACCAGCCCCAGCUAGGCUCACAUCCAGAGAGAGAUUGCAGGCUGAUGGAUGUGGGGCUCUUGUUUCCUAGGGAAACAUAAUUGGCCUGUAAUUUUUUAUGGGUUAUAGCCCUUGUUGCCUACCAAAAGGC